GAUUGACGAGACUCAGCAGUAACACAAAUAUGACCUCUUUCAAUAGUGACUUCGCUGUUGAUCCUUUUGAGUGCGUUUGUUCCUCAUAAGCUGACAUUCACUGGUAAUAAGUUGGUUUUUCUAGUCGAAAUAUAGUUGUAGCAAAUGUUGUCACUCAUAUCCAUGCGCCGCAGCCUCGCCGUCUAUGCCUCGAUACUAUAUACACGGGCUCUUGCUCGCCGGCGCACAACCAGGCAUUUGGAUCGAGCAUUUCUCGACCUCCCGCUCCCAUCUUUAAUCAUCCACAACCUCACCGUGCUCUGCGCCAUGACAACACUAGCCAUUCCACUUCAUCCCAUAUCGACCUCUCCAUUGAGCGCCAUAGUACCCGUGCUUGCAGGUGGGACAACAAUGGAACACCUUGCAGUCACGAGCUAUCCCAGAAUAUCGUUGCCCACUUUCACCAAUAUCAUCGCAUCGAUGUCGACUCAGAUGAAUUGUUCACCUGCUCCUGGAUCACGCCCCACGCCGGCCGUUGUGGGAAGAAGCUGAAGGUCGAAAGCUUUAGACGCCAUAUCAUUACCCACAUUGGUAUCAAAUUCAGGUGUUCCGUUUGCAAGAAGAACAUAGCGGCUCGGAAGGACGUCGCGACCAACCAUCGUCGACG